AUUCAGAGGCCAGAAAAUGUAUAAAUUGAGGGCUGGUAGAGCUGGGAAAUUCAUAGUCAGCAUCGUUUGGAUACUGACAACAAGCAACAAGGCAUCUUCCUAAGCUCUGAGCUGAUAGCAUCAUCAUCGCCAUCAUGGAAAGCAGAAUAAUUCUAGCUGUGCUAGUUGCCAUCUCGGUUCUUGCCGUUUGUGCCGCCCAGGCUCCAAAUGGAUUUCGGCCUAGACCGGGACCAAGGCCGAGACCAGAAAACGGCACCAGGCCUGGACCAAGACCGAGACCAGAAAACGGCACGAGUCCUGGACCACGACUGGGACCAGAAAACGGCACCAGUCCUGGACCACGACCGGGACCAGAAAAUGGCACAAGUCCUGGACCAAGACCGAGGCCAGAAAACGGCACAAGUCCUGGACCAAGACCGAGGCCAGAAAACGGCACCAGUCCUGGACCAAGGCCGAGACCAGAAAACGGCACCAGGCCUGGACCACGACCGGCACCAGAAAAUGGCACAAGUCCUGGACCAAGACCGAGGCCAGAAAACGGCACAAGUCCUGGACCAAGACCGAGGCCAGAAAACGGCACAAGUCCUGGACCAAGGCCGAGACCAGAAAACGGCACCAGGCCUGGACCAAGACCGAGACCAGAAAACGGCACGAGUCCUGGACCACGACCAGGACCAGAAAACGGCACCAGUCCUGGACCACGACCGGGACCAGAAAAUGGCACAAGUCCUGGACCAAGACCGAGGCCAGAAAACGGCACAAGUCCUGGACCAAGACCGAGGCCAGAAAACGGCACCAGUCCUGGACCACGACCGAGACCGGGGAACGGCGGAGGAAACCACUCUCAACCUAUCAACGGCACCAGGCCGGGGAACGACACUGGCAACUAUUCAAGUGACGGUCAUAUCGUAAAGCGCCAGAUAUUUUUCUCUACCACGCCACCCCCAUCAGGAAAUGGAUCUGGAAAUCACUCACACCCUCCUCCUCCUCCCCCAACACCAAGCAACAGUUCUGCUCCACCACCACCACCACCACCACACAACAGCACUGCUCCCCCUCCACCAACCAACAGUUCUCUCGCUCCCCCACCUCCACCAAACAACAGCUCUUUUGCGCCUCCACCCUCGUUCAACAGCACCACCCCUCCUCCACCAUUAAACAGUUCUUUCGCUCCUCCACCCCCGUCCAAUAGCUCUGCCCCUCCCCCUACCAACAGCCCAUCGCCUCCCCCACCUCCCAGCAGCCCUCCUUCAGGCCGAUCGUGUAGAGGAAGAUGUGGUAACUAUAAUAAUUCCAGAAGGUGUCAAUGCGACGAUGCAUGCAGGAUGUACAGAGACUGUUGCCGUGAUCUAGAGUCUGUGUGCCAGAACCGGAACUAGGCGGAUUCACAGACUCAUUGAUUUGAUGUUUGAAUCGGACCAGGAAUUGGACAGGGGAUACGAAUCAGUAAACAAAUAUAACUUAGCUCUGAGGCCUUUAGCAAGCCUAUGUCUUAUAUUAUGAAUACAAAUUAGAUAUUGAAAUUUGAUCAAGUUUUAAACUUUCGUUUUCCCUAUGUAUUGUACAACAUGAUUUACAAAGUAGAUGUAGAUAAAAAAAAAUGUAGGCAUGAUACCCCCCCAAAAAAAGAGAAUUAUGUCAAAACUAUUUUCCUCUUAUCAUAAUCUUUGAAAUAUUAUUAUGUUCGUUUCUCGACAUUGCGAAUUUGAAUUCCUUGCUUUCAGAAGCAGCGAUUCAUCAGCACACUUGAAUCGUCUUGUUAAAAAAAAUCAGUGCACAGUUCUUCUGGAGGAAAGUCUUGAUGGGUUGGCCUAGGUAGCCUUCUCAGCCUGAGUAAUAACGGUCGAUUCUUAUUGCACUCCCGCCAUAGCACCGAAGUGAAGCAUACAUGUACCAAAUAGAUUAUCGUCCCUAACAGUCGUCUUUAGUGUCCACACGCCUACCUCUUCCUAACGUUGGCCACUUAGGACUAUUUAUAUAUCCUACUCUUUCGGGAAUCAAUCAACACGAAUUGAAAUCGGCAUCAACUUUAUAGUAUGAUUUCGAUAAUAAAAAUUAUUUUGCAGAAA